CGUAUGAAUCGUAUGACAAGUGUUUGUUUAUAAACAUUGAUUGCAAACAGAUUUGCAUUUUUCACUCAUUUUAUUAUUUAUACAUUUAAUUGUGUUUUCAUUUCAACUGUUUUAUUAUUUUUUCAAUUAUACACUCAUUUACUCAUAUUUUUAUUGGUAUUUCUUUUACCAAAGAGUUGUCAAUAAGUGACACAAUUGUAUGGAUAGACGGGACUGAAGAGGAAGUGGUUGACUGAAGGCCAAGACAUUGAAAAGAUGUUUACUUCAGCCAAAGGAGUGUCGGAUGAAAGACAGGAGUUCUUGGAGUCGGCGAAAGCCCACAGAAUCGAAAGGGAAAGCCAUCGACGACUGCAUCACAGCUCUACUCUUAUUCAGUCUGUGGUCAGAGGUUUCCUCACUCGCCGUCGACUCCAGAAUGAGAUCCGCCGAGAGUUUGACGAAUUGAUGGCACAAUUGAUGGACACAAACGAUGACACUGUUGUCCAAUACGUGGACGCCAUCCGUAUAUAUGAGUUGAUCCGCAAAUUUAUGUUCAUUUUGGACACCAAUAAAGACGGCAAACGUUUUGAACAGAUGUGUAAAUACAUGAUCGCGACUAUGAAUUUGACAGACAAUUGCCGUCCACUCGAAGACGGCCUCGAGAGACGACAAAUCACUUACGUCUCCGUCGUGUUUAACAAACAAAUGGCCGUUCAAUGGAUACAACAGCUGAAGACAGUUCUAUGGAAGUGUUGCCAAUAUCUGAAGCAAUUGAAACCAGAGGUUCCGCAUGACUACAAACAAAUCCAAUUAUUCCUCAAUAUGUUGAUCACAUUCACGUCAACCAACUCUUGGGUUGUACUCAAAGAGUGUCCUCAAGUGUACGAACCGUUGCGACCGGUGGUGAACCAGUUGUGUCAGAAUGUGAUGAACAGUUUGGUCUCCAAAGGACUGUACGCUAACCUCCAGAUCCUUUUGAUGAAGGGUUUGAUGCGUACGAAACCGACUCUGAAGAAGAGCGCACUGACGGCAAUCAUUACACUGUCUUUACGGCCAGUGAUUAGCGCCAAAUUCAAUGAGUCGCUAAUGAAUAUGUUUUUGUUGCACAUCUUCUCCAUCCCGGGGCUCAUCUAUCACCUCAACUCCAUUGCCAACGACUCGUUGACUGUUCUCUCCAAUGAAUCCAUACUUAAGAAAAGUGUCGAAAUCCUCUCAUUAGACCAAAACUCGCGAAUCCUAUUCAACGCUCUCGAAGGCAAUUACGCGUUGUGUCUGUUGGCCAAUGUUAUACACCUGGCCUUCAUUGAGAUACCCCUCAAUACUAUGGCCGCAAAUAUGGUUGACUUUAUCUGUGUUAUAACCAAACUAUUGGAAAGUUGUCAGAAAUAUGUGGUCAGUAAACAGUCGAGUCUAACUCAUUGGCACCCAGUGCUCGGUUGGUUCGCCCAGAACGUGGAUCAAGGUUUACACGAAUCUAUGGUUUAUGUGAAAUCUCAGCUCCAAUACCUGUGGAGCGCACAACUCAUUCAAUUGAUUUUCAGUCCACUAAUCGAGUUGAGCGAUAAGUCGUUGUCUCAGUCUCGGCGCGAAAGCGUUGGCUCUUUUGGUUCGGGCGCCACAAACACAGCGAAUCCCACUCUUAACGUGACGUCCGCUAAGAAUUCAGUCAAUUCUACGAAAGGAAACUUCUUGAAGAAGGCAUUUGAGAGGGCGAGUCAGACAGUGGGUCGCGCCGGUCAGGGCAUUGUGAGCGGACAGUCGGGCUCAUCGCUUAACUGUAGGCUCGGGAGUCCCGAAACAACACUAAUCGCAUUAAUCUGUAACUUAUAUGAGACGGCACUCAAUACGUUAACUCAAGUGAAACUCGAUAUAUUGGCCGGACUCUGCUAUCAGGACCUGAUUCUACCCAAUUUGUGGCACUUUAUCAGUUCGUUAGGUCCGGCCAGUGGUAUGAAAGCAUUUCUGGACCACUUAACUCUUCACACGAAGACCUGUGCGCCGGAGUUUCAAAUACUGAUAUUAUUCUGUGAUUGCGCCACACAUUUGAUCACUAUAUUAGACGACAUGGAAAUGCGACAAUUCACACCCACUGACCACUGGCUUAUCAAAGAGCUAAAAGUAUCCAAUUUUAUGAAAGACUUGGAGAACGGGAGAAAAGGCGCGCAUCUAUUGAUGCAAAAAGUGCCGCAUAUUAUACCGCAUAAGGAAAGAGUGGUGUUAUUCCGCAAAUAUGUCAACAACGAGAAGACAGUGCUGGGACUGACCGAAUCGGCGUGUGCUUCGCCACAGUCGACGCUAAUCACAGUUCAUCGGUCGCGCGUAGUGGAGGACGGGUACCAACAGUUGGCUACACUUCCGCCCCAGUCGUUGAAGGGAGUGAUAAGAGUGAAGUUCAUUAACGAACAGGGAUUGGAUGAGGCGGGUAUAGAUCAGGACGGGGUGUUCAAAGAGUUCCUCGAAGACACCAUCAAACGUGUGUUCGACCCGUCGUUGAAUCUGUUCCGCGUCACUACCGAACAGCGUCUCUAUCCGUCGCCGACGUCUCACAUACAGGAAAAUCAUUUAUCGCUCUUCGAAUUCAUUGGCAAAAUGUUGGGCAAAGCGGUCUACGAGGGCAUCGUUGUCGACGUCCCCUUCGCCUCAUUCUUCAUGAGCCAAGUGUUGGGUCAACAACAGAACGCUCUCUACUCGUCCAUCGAUGAGUUGCCUUCGCUCGACGCCGGACUCUACAAGAGUCUGACGUAUAUCAAGCAUUACGACGGGGACAUCAAUCAACUGGACCUGACCUUCUCGAUCGACGACGACUGUAUGGGACAGAUAGUGACCCACGAGUUGGUGACCGGCGGUCGAGCCAUACCUGUGACAAAAGAGACGCGAAUCAGUUAUAUUCAUUUGAUGGCUCACUUCCGAAUGCACACACAAAUACACGAACAGACGGCUGCUUUCAUACGCGGCUUCCGGUCGAUCGUCAAUCCCGAUUGGCUCACAAUGUUCUCGACGCCAGAGUUCCAGCGCCUCAUCUCCGGCGACAACACUCCCAUCGAUUUGUCUGAUCUCCGAAAGCAUACCAAAUAUUUUGGCGGUUUUCACAACAAUCAUAGAGUAAUCAUAUGGUUGUGGGAUAUCCUGGAGAAGGACUUCACUCGCGAUGAACACAAAAUGUUCCUCAAGUUUGUCACGUCGUGUUCGAAGCCACCGCUGCUCGGGUUCGCACACUUAGAGCCCCCGCUAUCCAUACGCUGUGUCGAAGUGAGCGACGAUAACGACACGGGAGACACUGUGGGCAGUGUUUUGCGCGGUUUCUUUACCAUCAGACGCCGCGACCCAAUCAACCGAUUGCCCACUUCUUCGACGUGUUUUAAUCUCUUAAAACUACCCAAUUAUCAGAAGAAGAGCACUUUGAGGGACAAACUCCGGUACGCCAUCGCUAGUAAUACCGGUUUCGAACUCUCAUAAGGCCUACCCAUUGGCUAUAAUCCACUAAUUAAUACAUUGUAUUUAUUUUUGUUAAACAUAUUCGUUAUAUCAAUCAGUGAUUUGUUUUUAUAACCAUAUUCUCUCUCUCUCUCUCUCUCUCUCUCUCUCUUUAUCCCAAAAUCUGUUAUACAUUUAGGAAACAAAGUAUUGUUAUCUAAAUCACUAGUCAUUUGUACGAAAGUUUCAUAAAAUAUAUA